GUAGCCUUCUUACUAGUGGAAUUGGACCUUAUCAAUUAUCGUUCUGUUAUCAGUGUUUAGAAUUUUAUUUUUGUGGUGUGAUUAUGAUUUCUUCGUUUCCGAAAAUAUGAAAUAAGAAAAUAAUUUGAGAUCUUGCUUUAAAAAAAAUUUGAAACAUGUCCAGUGGUACAAAUUUGGUGGUUCCUGUUGUUUUGUGGGGAAAAUAUCCUCCAACACAUUGUGUUUCUUGUGUCUACUUGUCUAGAGACCAGUGCACUCUCAUAACUGGUUGUUAUGAUGGUCAAAUAUGCUUAUGGCAAGUUGAUCCAGACACUCUUAAGAUGACACCACGGUGCUUAUUAGUCGGACAUACUGCAACAAUUUUAUGCCUUUCAAAGGCUAGUGUUGUUCUUGAUAAUAACUAUGUUGUUAGCUCCUCUGAAAAUGGCGAAAUGUGCACUUGGGAUUUAGUUGAUGGAAGCUGUCGGGAAUUAGUUAAGCUGCCAUAUGUACACACCAGCAUGCAGGCAUAUCACAUGGAAGGUUCAGAAGAUGUUAGACUGUUUUGUAAUGGUUAUUAUGCUGAUGUUUUGGUUAUGGAUCCAUUUAGUUUAGAAGUUAUCUUUACUCUAUCUUCCCAAAUUAAUACUGACUGGAUAAGUGCUCUUUAUGUUCUUCGACCAAACAACAGGAAAGAGGAUGUUGUUUUGGCCUUAAGUACCACUGGCACAGUCAAGAUGUGGACUCUAUGCAUUACUGAAAUCAAAACCCCUCAAGAACCUAUCUUUGAAAAUGAAAGUAAACAAAUUCGAUGCCUGAAUGCAUUAGCUAUGAGCUGUUGCUCUCAGAAUCAAAGAACGGUGUUGAUCGUUACCUCCAAGUAUUGGCAGAUCUAUGAUGCUGGUGAUUUUUCUGUUUUAUGCUCUGUAAUGGCUGCACGAGGUGAGCGUUGGUUAAGUGGUCAUUUCUUAGCUCCUGACAGAGUACUCGUGUGGUCAGAUGAAGGAAAAGGAUAUAUGUAUAAACUUCCAGCCAAUAGUGUUGCUGACAACAAGGAUUUCCACACUGUUUCAGUUGAAGAGGAUAGCCCAUUCCUUUAUUGUGUGUUAGAGGCUACUGCUAGGAAGCCUGUAUGUUGUCCUCCGGCUAUGAGAUUUGUUGAGAACUCACGAAAAGGACCAAUUUUGAUAAGAGCUGAUUCUGAAGGUGCUGUUCUUAUUUGGACUGUUCCUGAAAUUUCUGGAACCCAACUCAGUCAGCUUCGGCAGCAGUCAGUGAAUGAGCCCUACGGAAUUGAACCCAUGAUUAGCACAAGUAUUGCUGAGGCAUGGAAUAGUAUGAAACCCUCACCUGUUGGAAUACUAGAUCAGCUUGAAACUGGGGAAAAAUUGACAGCAAGUAUAUAUUUACCUCAACAAGGCCGUUUAGUCGUAGGGAGAGAAGAUGGAUCAAUUGUCAUUGUUCCUGCAACUCAAACUGUAAUGCUGCAGCUACUACAUGGCAGCCAUCAACAGUAUGAUGACUGGCCUCCGCACCAAACUUUAAUUGGUCAUACUGGUCGUGUUAACUGCCUCUGUUAUCCCUACCAUGUUCAUCCUCGAUAUGAUAAAUCACAUCUUGUUAGUGGAGCUGUUGAUUUUGCUGUUUGUCUAUGGGAUUUAUAUGCUGGAACUCUUCUUCAUAGAUUUUGUGUUCAUGCUGGAGAAAUCACACAACUUCUUGUCCCUCCAAAUAAUUGCAGUACAAGGGUGCAGAAAUGUAUUUGUUCUGUUGCUAGUGACCACUCUGUAACUCUCUUGAGUUUAACAGAGAGAAAGUGUGUAGUUUUAGCAUCAAGGCAUCUUUUUCCUGUUGUAAAUAUUAAAUGGAGGCCACUUGAUGAUUUUAUGAUUGUCGGAUGUUCUGAUUCUACCGUAUAUGUUUGGCAGAUGGAAACAGGUCAUCUUGAUAGAGUUUUACAUGGAAUAAAUGCAGAAGAAGUUCUAUAUGCUUGUGAUGAAAAUACUAGUUUAUCUAUUUCUGGAGAAUCUGGAUUAGCAAAUCCUGCAGUACAUUUUUUCAGAGGACUUAGACAUAGAAAUAUUUCUGCUAUAAGACACGCAACACAGCGAGGGUUACAUCAAUUACAACAACUAAGUCACCACAAUCACCAGGAUGGAGGAGAUCAACCUAAACCAAGAGCUUUUCCUUUGAUGAUUCAAGGCCUCAGAACCAAUCCAAAGGAUCCGGAGAGCCACAUACUAUGUUUUGAUAUUGAAGCCUUGAUAGUUGAAUUGUUAAGUGAAGAAUACAGUGCAAUGUCACCAGGAACUCUUGAAUCUCAUGGUUUAAUCAAUGCUUUAGAGUAUCAGAAGGUAGCAGCACUUACACACUCAGCUUCUCCUGAUGCUCAAAAGAAAAUUGCAGGUAUUCUGGCAAAAAUGAAAGAAGGUGCUGAAAAUGUUCAAACGAAAAUUCAGGCUAAAGCAGAAAGUGUUGGGUUUAAACCAAUUUCAAUGGAUAGUAAUAAAAUACCUUCAGAAUGCAGUAGUGGUAUGCGUGCCAAGGUCUGUGAAGCGAAUUUGACAAUGGAAAUGGGCCAGCUUCUUCUUUCUUUAUUACAUGCUUGGGGUCUGGAUCCUGACCUGGACCGUCUUUGUGAAACAAAAUUGGGCCUUUUGAGGCCUAUGGUUCCUGUAUCUUUCGGUGUCAUUUCCAAGGCAGGUUACAUGAGCCUUCAGCUUCCAACAUGGCAGUUGUGGAAAGAAGUAAAACCAGAAACACAGACUGCUCUUGCUUCUGAUCUACCAAAGGAAUUGCUUAAACUUGAAGCACUUACUAGACAGUUCACAGCUCAAUACCAUUGGGAAUUGAGCACAAGCAUUACUACUAACCAUCUCCUUGCUAUAAUUGCAAUUGCGAAUACAUUGAUGUCCAUGAACAAUGCCUCAUUUGUUGCAGAGCAAGAGCGCAGCAGAAAACUCAUGAGACAAAGUACUACAAGAACAUGGGCCACUGAAGAAUCAGUUCCUGACGAAACUGUGUCAGCUCAAAUAAAACAGGGCUGGUCCCUUUUGGCUACUCUUCAUUGUGUUCUUUUGACUGACAAAGUUACUGGAAGAGGCUCCAAAACUUUUAAAAGAGCACAAGUUGAAAUGCUGGCUACAAGAUGGCAACACCAUUGCCUGGAGGUGAGAGAAGCUGCUCAAGCUCUUCUUUUAGCGGAAUUGGGAAGACUUGGGACUAAAGGAAGGAAGGCACUGGUUGACUAUUGGGCUCAGUAUUUACCUCAAUAUAGUACACCUGCUGAACAACCCCCUCCUACUCCUUCUGUUCCAGUUGUUCAGGGUAAUCAGUCAGAAGGUCAGGCACCAAUAGUUCAUGAAGAGGAUGAAUUUGAUGAUGAAGAUCCAACUGAAGAAAUAUAUUUAAGGAAACCAUCAUCUAUAAAUGAAAUAAAACGUAAGCAAACAACUGCUGUAGUCCUUCUGGGAGUUAUUGGUGCAGAAUUCGGACAAGAUGUUGGUGAGCGAAGAGGACCAGAACAAAGACGAAAAUCAUCUAUAAUCGAUGGAUUCGGAAUUGGCAAUAAUAACUUAGCUCGUCUUACAAGUUAUGCAUUGACACAUUUGCUACUGGCAAUACCUUCACCUAAAUUACCUGCCCAUACACCACUACGAAGGGCUGCCAUAGAUCUUAUUGGAAGAGGUUUUACUGUAUGGGAACCAUACAUUGAUGUCAGCAAGGUUCUUUUAGGACUGUUAGAGCUUUGCUGUGAUGCUGACAAGCUGGUACCCAGUAUGACCUAUGGGCUUCCUUUAACUCCUGCUGCAGAUUCUGCUAGAACUGCCCGUCAUGCUCUUACUCUUAUAGCGACUGCUCGUCCUGCUGCUUUUAUAACAACUAUGGCUAGAGAGGUUGCUAGAUAUAAUACAUUGCAACAAAAUGCUCAAACAUUAAAUGUUAAUCUGAGUACAGCAGUUCUUCAUCGUGCAAAACCGGAAAUUCUAAGAUGUGUAGAACUUCUAAUUGACAAAAUGCAUACAGAAAUGGCUGAUCUACUUAUUGAAGUAGUUGAUGUGAUAUUGCACUGUGUAGAAAGUGGACAUCUAAAAAUGAAAUCAUUAGGUGAAGUAUUCCCUGCUGUGAAUAAAUUCAACCAAAUCUCUCAUUGCCCUGCUACCAGAAGAAUAGCUGUUGGUGCUAAGAAUGGAACCAUUGCUUUAUAUGAACUCAGAUCAGCAAAAUGUCAGAUGAUCCCUGCCCAUGAAUCUGCAAUCACUGCGAAUGCAUUCUCUCCAGAUGGUAAAUUUUUGGUGUCUUAUAGCUGUGGAGAAAAUAAACUCUCUUUUUGGCAGAGCUCAGCUGGUAUGUUUGGUCUUGGUAAUAGCCAGACCAAAAGAAUAAAGUCUUACAGCACUUCUCCUCUCACAGAUAUGUCAAGAUUAAAUCCGAUGAGGCUUGCUAAGCUUGUGUGGAUCAAUAAUAGAACUGUAACAUUGAUGCUAGCUGAUGGAUCUGAAACGAGAUUUAAUGUUUAAAUUUCAGAGAUUUAUUGUUUAUAAGUAUAACUGUUAACUUGAGGAUAACUAUAAUUUUAAUGCUUUUCAUCUUGUAUUCAAUAUAUGUACCUACUAUAAUUUAUUAGUUCACUGUUGUAUAUCAUUGUAUUAUAGGCAAGAGUUAUUUUAAAUUGUAUUUAUUUGUAAUUAUAGAUAUAUUUAGACACUGUUGUAAACAUUAAUAAUAUUCAGUGAUGUCUGAACUAGAUAUCAUUACCUAUGUAAUAUAAAGAAAGUCCAUAAUAAAUAAAUAAUCUGAUAUAAUAAUAUUUAAUUAGAGUAUUGUUUUUUUUAAUUUGUAAUUGUCUCUAUCCUAGAGGUUCAUUGGUGGCUAGUUUUCUAUACUCAAUUGUAAUAUUGGGUUUCUGUUAAGUAUUGGAAUAGAGUGAUGACUCC